UUAGAGCUUGUAUGAAGUUAUCCGUCAGUUGCUGCCCACGGGACUGAGGUACUGGAGAUCACAGGAACGCGCAUUUCAAUGCCAACUUUAUUGUUUUCAUAUGCAUAAUUUGUCAGUGCGUUGGCUCCUUGACAAACAAAAACAAUAUCAGUGAAAACACAACCUGAUAUCUGAUACUACACCAUUCAGCUGUAAACAUGGCAGACGGUGGUUGUGUCGAAGAUCACGAGAAUGUUCACCGUACCCUGAGUGACCCAACGUUCGGUAACGACAUGUUGUCGGUACUGAACGACAUGAGAGCGGAGGGAGUUCUCCUGGACGUGACGGUUGUUGUAGGGGAGGAAGAGUUCAUGGCGCACUCUACAGUCUUGGCUUACGGCAGCGACUUCUUCCGACGCCUUUUUGCUUCAGGUAUGGAGGAAAGUCGAAGCAACCGUGUAAAACUGAGGGACCCCUGUAUCACCAGAGAGGGCUUUCGACUCCUACUGAACUUCCUGUAUUCUGGGGAACUUGUGGUGUCUAUAGAGAGUGUGUACGAUGUUCUCUUGGUGGCCAAUCAUCUACAGGUUCAGCCCGUCCUGAAACUGUGCUACGACUGCAUUUUGCAAAACAUGCGUGAGGCACCACUGGACCUAUCGAAUUAUACAAAGGCAGAAGAGGUUGCUAGCGUGUACGGAUUGACGACCUUGCAAGAGAAAGUGGAUUCUACACUUGCGGAGAACUUUCUGGAGCUGAGCACCACCGAAGACUUCAUGAAAUCCACUACAGCGGACCAACUGACCAAGCUGUUACAGCUCGACGAUCUUGUAACGCCAUCCGAGCUAGAGGUGUAUGAGGCGGUGGUGCGCUGGCUCAUGUACGACGAACACACCAGAAUGCCGCAUGCGGCCGAAGUCCUCAGCCACGUGAGAUUCGCACUGCUGGACCAGAGCACUCUGUAUGGACUGCUACAGACCGAUAUGGGUGUUGUAGAAAGUUGCAGGCAACUGAUCCUGGAAGCCAUGGCCUACCACAGUCUUUCACCCGAGAUUAAAGGAAGCAUUGACUGGCCACGGUCAAGACCAAGGGCAAAGCUGGGCAAAAAGGUUUUGAUGGCUAUUACCUCUAGUAGAAAAUACAGAAUCCGGAACAAAUCAUGGACGAUGCAAGUUUCUCGGAGUCGCCCAGAUGGAUCCAUUUGUGCGGCAGCUGUGGUCGGAAAUGUUCUGUAUGCCGUAUUCAAGAACUCAUUUCAGUUCUAUGUUCCGACAACAAACACUUGGAACCAUCUAAAGGCACCUUCUGGAUUAGCUAACAGUAAGUCGCCUAUAAUGGCAGCAAUCGACACGAGGCUAUUUCUUGUGUACUCGACGUGUGAGGGCGAUUUCCAGAGCAGUAGAGCUCAGUGCUAUGACAUACCUAAAGGCCGGUGGAUGAGAAUCCCAUCAUUCCCCAGAUCAACCGACGGAGUGACCCUCACAAGCUGUCAGGGUGCUGUGUACGCAAUCGGUGGUAACAUCCAUGGGAUUGUAGGCGAUAAACAAACACUUGCACCAAGGGCGAUAGGCGCAGUGGACAACCUCAAGCCAACGGCUGUACCAACGUCAGCGGUACAAAAGUUCUUCCCGCCGAAUGACUCCUGGGAAGCAGUGUCACCAACAAGAGAUCCCCAUUCAGGAGCGACCGCCAUGGUGCAAGGUGACAUCAUCUACAUAGCCGGCGGUGAAACCUUCAUAAACGGGGAGAUAACAGGCAGUACCGUUGUUGAGAUGUGCAGGACUGGUCUACGACUGACUAUGAAGGAAUCAUCGCCAUGGUCCGUGGUCCCCCAGCAUCCCUGCGUUCACAAGUUUGCCUCCAAAGUCGCCGUCAUCGACCGCAAGGUCUACUUCAUCCUCGGCGGACAGAUGCACUUCACCGGCAAGUUUGUGGACACUCACACGUUAGAGGAAGAUGUGGAAGACAUGUGUCAGGCGUUUUGGCGACAUAAUCUGGACCAGGAAUCUGUAAUUUGCGCCACCUUCGCAGAAUGAUGACAAUCGUUUCCAAUCAUUCCUACUCACCGUUGGCGAUAGUGAUUUUCCUACUGUUGAACUUGGGCCCUACAUCCCGACUAGAUCGGAUCCCAACGUAUAGGAUAUGUCGAGGAAAAUUCAAAGAAUGGCCAAGUCUUUACGAUGACAACGGAGUAGUUAACUCUUCGAAAUAGCACCAAAAGUUGUUGGUAUUCGUGUGUUUUGUGCAGCCAUGCAUGUUAAUGAACCACAUGAAAAAUAAUUACAAUGUAAAUUUUCAGGGUCAUUGUCAAUCUUGAUAAAUUCAAACUGAAAACUAGGCUAAGAAAAAGCAUGCAAUUUUACUGACAUGAUCUUUGAGUGCGAUGGAAUUCUACCAAUCCUUUUUGUAAUCUAAUAUGAUGUUAGAAAUGAUAAUGUGCUAUUGAAAUGAGUGCCAUUUGUGGUUGACAAUAAAACAGUUGCAGAACA